UCCCCGCACCCGCCCUCUUAGCUCUUCCUGUUUUUACUCCUCCUUUUCAUUCAUAACAAAAGCCACAGCUCCGGGAGCCCGGGAGCCCGGCGCCAGGCGGUUUCGGAAGCCAAGCGUGGAAGCAUGGGGUUCCUUUGGACCGGCACUUGGAUUCUGGUGUUGGUGCUCCAAAGCAGCCCAGCUCAAGCCUUCCCCAAGCCGGGAGGCGGUCAAGACAAACCCCUACAUAAUAGAGAAUUAAGUGCAGAAAGACCUUUGAAUGAACAGAUUGCUGAAGCAGAAGCAGACAAGAUUAAAAAAACAUACCCUCCAGAAAAUAAGCCAGGUGAAAGCAAUUAUUCCUUUGUUGAUAACUUGAACCUGCUAAAGGCAAUAACAGAAAAGGAAAAAAUUGAGAAAGACAGACAAUCCAUUAGAAGCUCCCCAUAUGAUAAUAAAUUGAAUGUGGAAGAUGUUGAUUCAACCAAGAAUCGAAGACUGAUUGAUGAUUAUGAUUCUACUAAGAGUGGGCUGAAUCAUAAAUUUCAAGAUGAUCCAGAUGGCCUUCAUCAACUAGAUGGAACUCCUUUAACUGCUGAAGACAUUGUCCAGAAAAUUGCUACCAGGAUUUAUGAGGAAAAUGACAGAGGAGUAUUUGACAAGAUUGUUUCUAAACUGCUGAAUCUUGGUCUAAUCACAGAAAGCCAGGCACACAUACUAGAAGAUGAAGUAGCAGAAGUUUUACAGAAAUUGAUCUCAAAGGAAGCCAACACUUACGAGGAGGAACCCAAUAAACCAACAAGUGUGACUGAGAGUCAGGCUGGAAAAAUACCAGAGAAAGUGACUCCAGUGGCAGCAAUUCAAGAUGGUUUUACUAAUGGACAAAAUGAUGAAACAGUCUCUAAUACCUUAACCUUGACAAAUGGCUUGGAAAGGAGAACUAAAAUCUACAAUGAAGAUAACUUUGAGGAACUCCAAUAUUUCCCAAACUUCUAUGCACUACUGAAAAGUAUUGAUUCAGAAAAAGAAGCAAAAGAGAAAGAAACACUGAUUACUAUCAUGAAAACAUUGAUUGACUUUGUGAAGAUGAUGGUAAAAUAUGGUACAAUAUCUCCAGAAGAAGGCGUUUCCUACCUUGAAAACUUGGAUGAAACUAUUGCUCUUCAGACUAAGAACAAGCUAGAAAAAAACGUUACUGACAAUAAAAGCAAACUUUUCCCAGCACCGUCAGAAAAGAGUCAUGAAGAAACAGAUAGUACCAAGGAAGAAGCAGCUAAGAUGGAAAAGGAAUAUGGAACCUUGAAAGAUUCCACAAAAGAUGAUAACCCAAGAGGAAAGACAGAUGAGCCAAAAGGGAAAACCGAAGCCUAUUUGGAAGCCAUCAGAAAAAAUAUUGAAUGGUUGAAGAAACAUAACAAAAAAGGAAAUAAAGAAGAUUAUGACCUCUCAAAGAUGAGGGACUUCAUCAACCAACAAGCUGAUGCUUAUGUGGAGAAAGGCAUCCUUGAUAAAGAAGAAGCCAAUGCCAUCAAGCGUAUUUACAGCAGCCUGUAAAAAUGGCAAAAGAUCCAGGAGUCUUUAGACUGUUUCAGAAAACAUAGCUUAUAACACUUCUUCUAAUUUUGUGAUUGAAGUUAUUUUACCCAAGGAUUAUUAGAAAGUGAUGAAAUUGCAGUAGUUAACCUUUUAGAAGUGGUUAAACACAGCUUUCUUGCCAUAAAAAACUAUCUGAAAAGUAAAGUCGUAUGUAAGCUAA